AUACAUUGUCAGAAUUCACUUUUCGUAGUAAGUCAUUUUUUAAAAUUAAAUAGCAACAUGCAAAACACAAACAGAACAGCCAGAGGGUUUACACAAAGAAAUAAGGAAGAGAAGAAAAAAUAAUACAUUAAUGUUAUAUCAAACCAAAUACAGACAUGUAGCAAAAACAUGUUAUUUUGUAUACGUUUUAAAGAUUCUAAAUAGUUUUACAAAUCUUUAAAAAAAUAAAUGCGAAAAGGGUAUUUUUCUUCAUACAUUUUGAUUUAACUUCCGUAGCAGGUUGGGAGAAAUUGGAUUCUUUUGGAAAAGGGUUUGGUUUGGCUAAUAUUUUUAAAAAAUGUAGACGUCAAUUUGACAUAAACUGUAUUCCCUCUAGUCUUGAUAAAGGUAUCCACAUGAAAGCGCCCUUUGUUUAUGGACCAGUUUGAGUUAUGAUAAUUAAAAAUCCUAAUGUUGAGCCACGCCGAAAAAGUACUCCCAGGAAACAGCAGAUUUCCCCGGUUUACCAUGUGAUCACUUAUCAGCUGAUUCGUGACGUUUUACAAGGAAGACGAAACUCGACAACAAAACAUGAUACAUUUACUUGCCAAAUUACUCCCUGAAGAAUGUCCAAAACUAUUACACAGGGUGGUGGAUAGUGUAUGUGGGCGGGAGUCCCCUCGGAUGGCAGACUAUGGUGACAUGUGGACCCUUGUAGAAUGGAUGGAGGUCCUCGACUCCCUCUCCUCUCUGUUCCGGCUCGCCGUCGGUAAGAACACCCCAGACGAAGAGGUGCUGGCAUCGUUGGCAGACGUGGGCCGGGGGUACGAGGAGGCCGUGCUGACCGUCCUGAGGGCCAGACGGGAGGAGAUCCGCCAGGCGCUGGUGGAGAGGACCAAUAACGUGUCCAGCUCCACCCUCCAGGACUUUGACUGGCAUAUAAAGCUGGCAUUGGCCAGCGAUAAGAUCUCGUCUCUCCAGACCCCUCUACUCAACCUCAGUUUGGACGUGAAGGAGAACGGGGCCCUGAAGCCUGUGUCUGUCGAGAUGAACCGAGAGGAAUUACAAACACUCAUCAGCUCAAUGGAGGCUGCCAAUAAGUGCUGACAGUGUACAUUUGAUACACACUUCUAGACGGCCCAUCUCAUAUGAUUUAUGAUUUUUCUUCGGAUCCAAGUCAACCUUUUGAAGAAGCAGCAGCUAUUCUUCCUGGGGUCCACACAAAACAUAGAACAUGCCAAAAUACACUAAUGGACAAGAACAGCAACACAUUUAAAUGAAGAACACUGCGACUAUUUAAAAAAGAGAAUACUAUGAAUAAUGUGUGGAGGGGUGUGUGUGUCUCCACAUUCCGUGUUGUUUCUCGAGGUGGUUUUUAUUGAUUUUAUUGCUUGCCUGAGCUGGAAGAGAAUUUGAUGUAGUCAUUGCUUUAUACAGCACUGUGUCUCCCAGCCUCUGUUGUUGACUUGGGAAAUGUGAAGAGACCCCUGAUUGAGUGUCUUGUAUGGGUUUUGGAGCUGUGUUAACUGGCUGAACAGACAUUUCGGUACUUUCAACAUGUCAAUACCUACAGCCCUCAAUGGCGUUGCCCAUGCUAUCUCCAUUAUAAAGUAGUCUACUUCUGAGUGUAUUGGUAGUUCAUAAAUAAACAAAAAAUGUGCAUACCACUGUC